AUGGGGGCUAUGUCUAUCCAUGGCUUGGAUCGCAUGUCGCUGGGAGAUAUUUGGUGGAUGUUGCUAGAGUCACGAUCGGGACCUCGAAGCGGCAGAUUCCCUCGGCGUUUUACCAAUUUCUUUAGAAUGUGAUGAUGACAGGGCUGACUUCUGUGGUCUGCUUCAUGCAAGGAUUGUCGGUGGGGGUUCUACCUACAAAAGGACCUGGCGAUGAAUAUCCACCAGCAUGUAUAGAAUUAAUAAUUAGCGUAAAACAAUGUCGAAUAUUGUGCUGCCAGAAGGAUAUCAAAAGAUUUGGAGCACCAUGGCUGAGAACGAUUGUUUGGACAUACGCGUUGGAGCUGACAUCUUGGAGCAAGGCAUCGACCGACAGCUCCAUGGUGAUCAAGUAUAUCCAAAACGGAGAGAAGAAGAUGGAAGAAUUUGAGUUCCUUGUCUACUCCGGGCCUCAUGCUCACGCAAAGAAGUAUGUGAAGGACCUCGUCAGCCAAGAGCAACACAUCUCUUGAGUCUUGAACCACUCAAAAGCUUUGUUUUGGCGACCGCGCUUUAUGUCAGCGCACCAGUGAAGGGUUACACAGAUGAGAAAAAAAUAUCAGUUGCCAAAUGUUCAAGCAGGAGCUGGCCAAAUAGCUCAUGACGAGUGUCACGAUCCUUCGUCAGUAUCCAUGACCUAUCAUGACCUUACUUUCAUCAUUUUGGUCAGAAAGCCAGUACGGAAUCCCCUGGGAUUUGCUCUUAAGCAAUCUCAUGCUCUUAAGCAAAUACAUGGGAGCUCAAUUCGAUGUCGGUCGCUUCAAUAAGUGACGUUGACAAGCACGCACGGCGAUCCAGAGUCGAAAAA